CUCACUAGUUAUCUAUGACCAGUACUGAGCUCCCACAGGAUUUAUCAAAAUGGUUAAGGUAAUAUUUUCUGAUGCUUAUUGUAUUGUUAGAAUAACUUGUUCAAGUUAUUAUACUUUAAAAAAUAUCUAUAACUAUUUAAACUAAGUGCAUCCAAAAUGAAUUUGUUUUAUCAAAAAAAUAAGCUUUUCCUUUUCUGCCUCUAAAUCCUUUUACUCCCACUGUUUUUCUGUCUCCCACUUUAUCCAUUUUAGUUCUCCUCCUGUCUCAUUUUCUGUAUAUUUUUCUGCUCCCUCAUUUUCUAUAACACAAGCCUCCCCCUAUACCUGUCUCACUCCCUAAUUCAUGUCAGUCAUCUACUCUUAGCCUGACCUAAAACCCUGUCUCCUUCCAUCUCUUUAACUUGUUCUGAAUGCUUUUUAUGUAUGUCUUUAUAAACCUCACUCAUAAUAUCUGUCUUAUUCUCUGUUCCAUCCAAAUUCUAAUUGCAGUUAUAUAAAUGUAUAUUACAUUAUAUGAGCUCCCAUCCUGCUUGCAUACCUUUUCUUUAGAGUAAUGACAUAUGGGGCAUUGAUUGCUCUAUAGUGGAUGGAGGAUGGGCACUGAUUAAUUAUGGAGUUAAAAUAAUUGUAAGAAUGAGCUUUGGCCAGCCACAGCCACAACUCUAUCAUAGGUAAGCCAGAUAUUGUAGACUUUGUUCUAGCCAUACCAAUUCAUUUCAGCAAUGAGAGCUACGAUAGGCUAAAAGUAGUCAGUUGAAUUGCAGCUUGUGCCAAUGCUUCCUCAGUAGCCCAAGAAGCACAGAAGGGAUGGCCUACUAAGUGCUGUCAUUUAGCAUUAACACAUUUCAAACUGUUUAACACUGAAUGGAAAAAAGGCACCAUGGGACUACAGCCACUAUUACCACUUUAAUGAGAUGAAGUAGUUACAGUUCCUACAGUGUUCAUUUAAUGCUUUAAUUAUGUCAAAGCAUGAAUUUACAUUUCCUAUUUUCUAUUUAGAUCACUUUCUAUGAGGAACCAAACUUCCAGGGUCGUUCCUAUGAAAUCAACUCUGAUAGUCCAGACAUCACCUCAUAUCUAAAUCGCUGCAAUUCCAUCAGAGUUGAAAAUGGAAACUGGAUCCUUUAUGAACAUCCCAAUUACAGAGGACACCAGUACUUCCUAAGAAAAGGAGAAUAUCCAAAUUUCCAGCAAUGGAUGGGAUUCAAUGACUCUAUCAGGUCCUGUCGUCUUACUCCCCAGGUAAGAAGCUCAAAAGUCAUUUAGUUGUUCAAUAUGUCUUCUCUAUAAAAGGGCCAUCAUGUUAUUUCAUUUAAAUAUCGGCUUUUAUUCAAAUUAUUAAAGGUCUUUUAUUACUAAAGUCAGAACUGAUGUGAACUAGACAUGUAUUGAGGCAAUAAUAGCUGGCUUAAAAAAAAAAAAAUUCUCCAAAUUAGUCACAACUUGAGGUUAUUUUAGCCUAAAUGUUGCAAUUAAUUUCUUUAACUCCUAAAAAAAAAUUUUUUUUGAACGUCCAUUAUUGAACAGUGCAUUUAACUUGGAACAUAUUUUCUCCUAGUGUGUUAAUUGCAAGCUAAGUGCAAUUUAUUAAAAAAUAAAAGAAUUAGGGAAGCACCAUAACCACUACAGGUUAUUUUGGAUUUCCUUAUUAUUAUCCUGCUGUAUGCUGAAUUUUGAGUGCCAGGUAAUCCAUUGAUUAUUAAAUCACCUGAAAAUGGUAUGACAAAAAACACUGGAGGGAUUCCAUCCAUAGCCUAUUAGCACCAUAACUACAAUAAGUUGGAUGGAGUUCUUUAGGCUGUCAUUUUAACACAUAUAACAAUGUAUUUUCCCAAAAUAUUUAAUAUUUUGUAUUUUAUAAUUUUUUCACUAACAUUAUUUUGUAUUUUAUUUCAUCUCAGCACCGUGGUCCAUUCCAGUUAAGGAUCUAUGAAAGGGAAGAUUUCCGAGGUCAGAUGAUGGAGUUCACUGAAGAUUGUCCUCAUGUCUAUGAGCAAUUCCGUUACCAUGACAUCCACUCUUGCCAUGUUCUUGAUGGUCACUGGGUGUUCUACGAGGAGCCCAACUACAGGGGGCGUCAGUAUUACCUGAGACCUGGAGAGUAUAGGCGAUUUACUGAUUGGGGAGCAAUGAACUCUAGAGUUGGUUCAUUCAGGAGAGUUCAGUAUUAAACAUCAACAAUUUGUGUUUAAGCUUAAUCUUAACCAUGAUAUACAAUAAAACUGUUGAUGCAAUUCCAUGUCAUUGUAUUAUUUAUCACUUUCCAUUCCAUGAACAGUUUACCAAAUGCAAAAACAAUGAAAAACUAAUAAU